UGAGAUAACGGAGAAGGGAAAGCUGGAAGCUGGCCAAUCAGAACACACCAUUGGCUGGGACUCAUGAAUGAUUUAUCACGUGGGCGGGACCUGCUGCCUAGAGUUGCUGAGGCUGAGGGGGUGGGACUUUGUCCUUGUGUGCGAGCGAGGCCAACCAAUGGUGUGGCAGCAUUGUCUCCAAACAGGCAGUGAGCCGUGCAGGAUUGAAGCGCACCAAGGAAGGAGGGAGAGGCAGCGAGCGAGAGGAGAGACAAGAGCCGCUCUGAUCAGCAUCACCCACCUCACUCCAAGCACACAGAUAAUCAUGAACAACUCUGAGGCAGAGUUGCCGUGGCGACCAGACACGCAGCUGAAGAACGUGGUACUGCAGGUUCAAGAGCUGUACCCGUUCCACGAUGGCUGGAACGUGGCCUGCUUCGUCAUUCUGAUGCUCUUCAUCCUCACCGUCCUCUCCCUUGCUGCGUUGGCAUUCCUCUACGAGCUGCUGGACUGCGGAUGCUUUGCCAAAGGCAAGACAGUGCGCGACCUACGCCAAGAGCCUGGCACCUUCUGCCGGGUGAUGGAGAGAAUGGGGGGUAGCAGCCACGCAGAGGUGGUGUAGUGGAAAAGUGGCUUUCUACAAAGAGAACUAUGCUGGAAGCACGCAACCCCCCAACACACAAACACAGGUCACACCCCAAACACACAGGUCACACCCCAAAAACACAUACACAGGCCACACCUUUUGUGUUCUAAGCACAUCUGACAAUCUCUGACAACAGGCAGACAACAGACACAAGCAGAGAGUCACCUCGGGUGUCAACCAUUUUUUUAAGUCCAUAUUUCUGUAUCAUUUUAAAAAGUAAGAUAUCCUUUCUGCAAUUAAAGAUGCUCUAAAAUUCAAUUUAUUCUGAUGGGGGUGUGUCUACUCUAGGGUUGCAAAGGGAAGGAGGUUGUUUUUACUAAUAUUAUGCCCAUUUAUUUCUGUUAAUUCCUGUAUAUUCCUGUUAAUUCCCAUGGAAAGUUUCCAACUUUGAAAAUUCCCAGAAUUUUGCAACCCUAGGUGUGUCACACUCAACUCAUUUAAAAAAAAAAAAAAAAAAUGACAUUCUCUGUAAAACUCACUUGCUCAAGUCAUCACAGCUGAAUGGUGGACCAAAUAAGAAUCUUUGAAUGGUUCGGGGAACAUUGCAUUGGGCUAUAAUGGUUGGUUUUGUGCAUAUUUAAAUCUCGUGAUUUAAAAAAAAAAUUUGCAUUUAGGUCAGAUUUGGGUCAGAGGUAAGGGAAGAGAUCUUAAUGAUAAUUCCAUAUGGUGCACUUUUGUGCAUUGUAUUGUGUCACCUGCCUUAAGAACCUCCAUUAAAAAAUAUAUACAAAUCA